UAGCGCUCAGCCCUGCGGGGCCUUUAAACAGUUAAAGCGCCGGGCAUAGCGAGGCCUUCAGACCCGCUGCGGGGGCUCGGUCCGGGAGAUGAGGAGGAAGAGCCCGACAAACGACGCUGUUUUCCACGUCGCGGCCGGCCGCGACAGAGCGGGGCUGGAGGUGAAGCACAUCAGUUCAUUUAAAGGUGAGCAGAGCAGGUCAGUCAGCUGGACUGGACCCCCGCGCGGGCGGUCGGUGUCAGCGCGGUCUGUGGUUCUGAAUUUAGGCAGGGGGGUGUUCGCCGUGACGGGCUUGGCGAGGGGAGAGUUCGUGCUGGAGUACAGAGGAGACCUGAUCAGCGCGGAGGAGACGGCGCGUUUAUCACGGCGCCAUGAACGCCUUCAUGUUCGACUUCCUCUGGCACGGAAAGUUCUGGACUAUUGAUGCUGCAAGGGACGAUGGCAGUCUUGGAAGACUGGUUAAUGAUGACCAUAUUAACCCCAACUGUAAAAUGAAGAGACUCAUCGUGGAGGGAAGGCCACAUUUGUGCCUGUUUGCUUUAAGAGACAUCACACCUGGAGAGGAGAUUACGUAUAAUUAUGGAGAUGGUGAUUGUCCGUGGAGGAGUGAAGUGAUAAAAAGUGGAAUGGAAGCGGACAACAAUCAUCUGGAGUCAGAAGGUGCCUCUGGAGAUGAUCAGCACUGCAUCAAGCCUUCGCAGCACAAAUCUGCUUUUGGCGUCCAGAUGAAAAAAAAUGCCGGCAGUAAUCGUCUGGAGUCAGAGGUUGCCUCUGAAGACGAUCAGCAUCGCACUCAGCAUUCACAGCUUGAGUCUACUUUCUGUAGCGAGAUGACAAAAAAUGGAAUGGAAAAAGACAGUAAUCGUCUGGAGUCAGAGGUUGCAUCUAGAGACGAUCAGCAUUGCACUCAGCAUUCACAGCUUGAGUCUACUUUCCUCAACCAGAUGACAAAAAAUGGAAUGGAAAAAGACAGUAAUCGUCUGGAGUCAGAGGUUGCCUCUGGAGACGAUCAGCACUGCACUCAGCAUUCACAGCUUGAGUCUACUUUCCCCAACCAGAUGACAAAAAAUGGAAUGGAAAAAGACAGUAAUCGUCUGGAGUCAGAGGUUGCAUCUAGAGACGAUCAGCAUUGCACUCAGCAUUCACAGCUUGAGUCUACUUUCCUCAACCAGAUGACAAAAAAUGGAAUGGAAAAGACAGUAAUCGUCUGGAGUCAGAGGUUGCAUCUAGAGACGAUCAGCAUUGCACACAGCAUUCACAGCUUGAGUCUACUUUCCCCAACCAGAUGACAAAAAAUGGAAUGGAAAAAGACAGUAAUCAUCUGGAGUCAGAGGUUGCAUCUAGAGACGAUCAGCAUUGCACUCAGCAUUCACAGCUUGAGUCUACUUUCCUCAACCAGAUGACAAAAAAUGGAAUGGAAAAGACAGUAAUCGUCUGGAGUCAGAGGUUGCAUCUAGAGACGAUCAGCAUUGCACACAGCAUUCACAGCUUGAGUCUACUUUCCCCAACCAGGUGACAACAAUUGUAAUGCAAGAACAUAGUCAUCAUCUGGAAUCUGAUCUUACUUGUGGAGAUGCUCAGCAGCAGAGGUCUGCAUUCUUAGUUCAGAUCCUGGAGCAGAACCGGAC